CUCCGUAGAUACAGUGCGACAGAAAAAGUAUACCGGUGUGUUAGAUAAUAUUACGUCUAGUAGUUGAACGAAUUAGCGGGAUGAGAUUUGUGGGGAAGCUAAACCAUGCCAUCUUGGCUGUGUGUGCAGGCGACUUGUUAAUGCUAUUAUCUGGCUCUUCGUUUACUUGGUCCUCUCCCGUCCUUCCCAAACUCCUAAACAACACCACCAGCCCAUUCGGAAGAAGCAUAUCUCCAGACGAAGCGACAUGGAUAUCAUCACUGGUACCACUCGGUGCCGCAGUUGGACCUUUUGCCCUAGCUUACAUGGCUGACAAAUUCGGGAGGAAGAUCACCUUACUCUUCUUGGGAGUGCCUUUCUUGCUGUCACAUCUAAUAUUGGCCUUUGGCAACAUCGUGGAACUGUAUUAUGUUGCCAGGUUUACAAUUGGGCUCUCUGCUGGAGGGACUUUUACUAUAAUGCCAAACUAUGCUGGAGAAAUAGCUGAUAAGUCUAUAAGAGGUGCUCUUGGUUCCACAAUAAGUACAGCUACUUGUGCUGGUUUACUUUUGUCUUAUGCCCUGGGGCCUUACGUCAGCAUUAUGGCUUUCAAUUUGGUGCUGGCCAUGAUUUCGGUGAUUUUCCUAGUACUGUUCUUCUUUGUGGGAGUGGAAUGUCCGCAGUAUUUUAUUAUUAGGAAGGAGUAUGAUUUGGCAGAGGAUGCUUUACGGAAAAUUAGAGGUGGGUUCAAAACUGGAGAUGUUGAAAAAGAGCUGGCGGAAAUCCAGAUGACGAUAGACGAGGAACACCGCGGAUCAAUCAUCAACGUGAUCAAAUCGACGGGUUUUAUCAAAGCUUUCUUCAUGGCUACAGGACUACUGGUGUUUCAACAGUUUACUGGUAUCAACAUGGUCUUCUACUACACCCAGAUAAUUUUCCAGGAAACUGGUUCCCUUUGGUCGCCAGAAAUCUGCUCCAUAGCCAUAGGAGUUGUACAGUUCCUUAGCAGCUUAACUACACCUUUGAUUAUCGAUAGAUUGGGUAGGAAAUUCACCUUGAUGGGUUCAGCGAUUUGGAUGAUAUUAUCCGAGGUGCCUUUAGGAGUGUACAUCUACAUCAAACAACGUGGAAUUGACGUCUCAUCUAUAAGCUUCCUACCAUUGCUGACUUUAAUCGUUUUCAUAGUGGCUUACAAUUCCGGGUUUGGACCCCUGCCUUGGGUGAUGCUGGGUGAAGUGUUCCCGUCCAGAAUCAAAGUCAUUGCUUCCUCUGUAGUGUCUUGUAUCAGUUGGAGCUUGGCCUUUGUUCUUACUAAAUAUUUUGAACUAUUUAUAAGUUUCGGUCUGGCAGAAUCCUUUUGGUUCUUUGCAGGCUGCUGUUUUCUUGGACUGUUGUUCAGCAAGUUUUGUGUGGUGGAGACCAAAGGGAAGAGUCUUCAAGAGAUUCAAGAAAUUUUCAAUAGUUAAGUUUUUUUUUAUUUCAUCCACAUGGUCAUUAUAAGCGGUGUGUAAUCGAUCUCCUAAGACUUAACUGACUAAUUUAUUUUUAGAAUAAGGAAAAUAAGGACUACUUCUAUGUCUGUUUGUUGUCAGAUUUGUGCCAAUGAUGCGUUAUAUUUCCAAAAAAACUGUUUUAAACAUAUAAACCAAAGUUUAUUACUUUUGGUUCCUAAUAGAAAACAUUUACUUAAAUGUACUAUACAAAUUAUAAUUUUUAUAUUAAAACAAAUAGUUUAGUUAUAACGAUCCUAUGGUUCAAG